UGUACUGACUAUAUCCUCCUUUAACUCACCACAUAUAUAUACGUUUGCUGCAGCUUCUUUCAUAAGAACAGGAUCGUAUCUUUUUAAAUGCUGAAUCAAGCCCUGGUUGGUCACUGGAAAUUGAGAUAAAAGCAUGUCCAAUACAUAUGUGUGGUUGUUUUUUUCCUGCUACUUCUGUUGCAGCAAAGCUAUGCCGGCUAAACUGCAGCAGGAGGCUGUGAACAACAGACCAGUCAUCGGUAUUUUGACUCAGAUAGUUUCAGAGGAAGACAUGAAACCUUUCGGGACCACCUACAUACCUUCCGCCUAUGUGAAAUUCACUGAGUCUGGGGGCAGCAGAGUGAUGCCUAUCAGAUUGACUCUCGAUACCGCUGAAUAUGAAGACAUCUUCAAGAAGAUAAAUGGCUUGCUUCUCAUCGGGGGAAGAGCAGAUUUGGAGACAUCAGACUAUGCCAAGGUGACGAGGAUUUUUUACAGACUCGCUCUGAAGGCCAAUGAUGAGGGGGACUACUUCCCCAUCUGGGGUACAUGCAUGGGCAUGCAACUACUGACUGUGCUGGUGGCCGGUGAAAACCUACUGGUAGAGACUACAGCUCAGAACGUGGCGCUGUCCCUCAACCUAACCACAGAGGCCAGCUCUAGUAGGAUGUUUGAGGGUUUCCCCGACAAACUUAUGAAGGCUCUGACUCAUGAACCUCUCACUGGCAAUUUUCACAACUUUGGAGUUACAGUGCAGACCUUCCAGGAAAAUGAGAAGCUGCAGAGUUUCUUCUCAAUGCUGUCUACAAACAUUGCUGAGAACGGAGUCCACUUUGUCUCAACCAUAGAAGGUAAAGAAUAUCCCUUCUAUGGAGUACAGUGGCACCCUGAGGUGAAUCGUUUUCAGUGGAACAGAAAGAGUAACUUUCCUCACUCGGCUAACGCCGUUCAGUUAUCUACUCUGCUGGCUGACUUCUUUAUCAACGAAGGAAGGAGAAGUUUACAUCAGUUUGACAAUCCUGAGGAAGAGGAAAAGUCACUGAUUUAUAACUACACACCCAUCUACGCUGGAAACUUCACAGGAUAUGAACAAAUCUACUUCUUCUGAAAUCUUCUAAUGUCUCCAUCUGUGUUUCUCUCUGUUCAUUUCAUGUUCAUGUACACGUACAGUCUAUGGUGGUUUUAUUCACAGUUAGACCUCUAAAAAAUACUUGUAUGCUGUUAUUGAUACUAAAGUGCUUAUUUUCUUAAAUAAACUCAGAUUUUUGUCAUUUUGGAGAUGAAUGCCUUGGUAGUAGAACAUCCGGAUGGAUCCUUAAGGGAAAGGGGGCGUUUGUGUGUGUCAUGGGUCAUGUCCACUGUAUUUUUUUCUGGGUAUUUAGGAGUAUUAGGAAACAUACAUGCUGCAAUAAAACCAACAUUUUGUGGAUAUUACAGA